CAACGCAUCUAAUAAGAGAGCUACUCUCAACCCAUUUUCUCAGCAGCCAAACGCUCUCAGAUUUUCCCGAGAAAAUUCCAAAGCUCAAUCUCUUUCGUCUUCAACAUGUCGUGGCAAACCUAUGUCGAUGAACACCUUCUGUGCGACAUCGAAGGUAAUCACCUCACUUCUGCUGCUAUCCUCGGCCAAGACGGCAGUGUUUGGGCUCAGAGCUCCAAUUUCCCUCAGUUCAAGCCUGAGGAAAUAACUGCUAUCAUGAAUGACUUUGCUGAGCCUGGAUCACUUGCUCCAACUGGAUUAUAUCUCGGUGGCACAAAAUAUAUGGUGAUCCAAGGUGAGCCGGGAGUUGUUAUUCGAGGGAAGAAGGGUCCUGGUGGUGUUACUAUUAAGAGGACCAGUCAGGCCUUGAUCAUUGGCAUUUAUGAUGAACCAAUGACUCCGGGUCAAUGCAACAUGGUUGUUGAAAGGCUUGGUGAUUAUCUCGUUGAGCAGGGUCUCUAAUUCUCUCUGUUUGUCUUGUUAUCGUGCAUAUUUCAUUGCUUCUGUACAAGUUUUUGCGUCGACCUCGAAUGAAAUGCUUGAUUGCGGUGUAAUAAUAUUAUAGAUAUCAAAUAUCAUGGGACCUGCGUGUGGCGAAGAAGUGUUUGGAGCUUGAGAAAUGAUGACCGAUCUCUGUCGUUUUACUUUUUUAGUGGGGUAUCUGUAUACAUUACAGUGAUUUUAAAUGUUAAUGCUAUCGUAUAAUGGUUGGUAUAUUUAUAUAAACUUUGCAGAUUCUUAUCUAUCUGGCAGAA